AUGGCGGCGGUUGAUGACGAGUAUUUACAUCACGUAUCGUCAAAUAUAGUAAAUAACAAUUACCAACAAAAUAUUAAAUGGAUUCCAUUGUCAGUAUCACUUGUCGAGUAUCCUCAAGGAGAUUCUUUAGGACUUGGGUUAGCCCUGAUAAGUUUGAUGCCAUUAGCGUUAAUAGUAGGAUUUAUCACUCUCAUUGCUUUCCGACGUGAUUUACAUACGAUAUGCUUUUUUAUCGGAGUAAUUGUCACGGAUAUUGUUGGUUUGUUUUUGAAAUAUACUAUCAAAGAAGCAAGACCUAUGAAACGUGAUGUUGUUUAUGUUGAAUAUGGAAUGCCGUCGACACAUUCGUUGUUGAUGUGGUUUUUUGCAACUUAUACUGCGUUAUUUGUAUGCUUGAGAUGGACAAUCAUCGGUGGCUGUGCAACAGUUGCCGUUCUAGUCUCAUAUAGUCGUAUUUAUUUGCAAUACCAUACAAUAUCACAAGUACUAUGUGGUUUUGUUGUAGGAAUUAUAAUGGGUGUUACAUGGUUUUUUAUAACUCAUCUAGUCCUAGCGCCAUUUUUUCCAAUUAUUGUGUCGCGAUUGUCUGAAUUUUUAUUGAUACGUGAUUCAACCCUGAUACCAAAUGUAUUGUGGUUCGAGUAUACGAACAUAAGAACAGAGGCUAGAGCACGCUCAAGAAAACUAGUCUCUAUGAAAUCACAAUGA